AUGCUGUGGUCGGGAUCAGACGGAGGGGCCUGCGGGGCCCGGAACGGCGCCGGCAGCGCUUGGAUCCGCGCUUCUCUGCCUGGCCCCGCCGGACGCCGCCGCGGCCUCGUCCCAGGCGCCUCCUUCUCAGCCCUCCCGCCGCGCCCCGCACUGCCCGCCCCGCAACCCCUGCCCUGCCCCGGGGGGGCUCUUUCAACGCCUCUGUGCUUCCUGGCGUCUUUGAGCUUGGAGUCACCGUCGAAGCGUCACAUGGGAAAGCAGGAGUGCGGACAGGCACUGCCGUCUCCGGGUUUGGUUUGCUUCUUCCCCUCCUGCCAGCUCCUUUCCGGCGCUCAAAUCAUGUAUUCUUCCAAAUUUAACAUUAAUGGCUUCACAGUGCCUUUCAGCUUUCGCGCCAACAUGCAGCGGUCAACUGAAAACAGCCCUGCUUCCGAUCAGGAAAAGAGCUGGGUCAUUUCUUCACGCGGAGCCGGGGGCUUCCGUGGGAAUCCGUGCCCUCGCGUGGGCUCUGCUGACUCCUCACCUGCCCUCGUGACGGCUGGCCGUGUCCUCACGGGCGCUGUCAAGACUCGAAGCCCUGACUUCAGUCCACUCCUGCCUGCCUGA